UCUCUCCCACCCCGACUCCACUCUAAGCUUCCUUGGAGAACACUACUUCUAAUACUAUCCCUUUCACUCUCCGCUUGAAUCAAUGCCAAUGGCUCCUAUAACGGAAGAGACCGUUUCCGGUCUUAAGGAUAUCAUUGGAAAGCUCGAGUCCCGGGUUGAGGAAUUGGAGAGCCGUCUCAGCAAUGGAACUAAGCCUAAGUCUGUUGCAGAACAGAUGCGCAUGGUUCUGAUGGGACCUCCCGGUGCAGGCAAGGGCACUCAGGCACCUGCGCUUAAGGAUAAGUACUGUGUAUGCCACUUGGCCACCGGAGAUAUGUUGCGGUCCCAGGUUGCCAAGAAGACUGAGCUAGGCAAGGAGGCCAAGAAGAUCAUGGAUCAGGGUGGUCUAGUUAGUGACGAGAUCAUGGUUAACAUGAUUAAGAGCGAGCUCGACAACAACACUGAGUGCAAGAACGGCUUCAUUUUAGACGGCUUCCCUCGCACCGUUGCUCAGGCCGAGCGCUUGGAUGACAUGCUUACUACUCGCCAACAGAAGCUCCAGCAUGCCGUUGAGCUGCAGAUCGAUGAUGCCUUGUUGGUCGCAAGAAUCACUGGACGUCUGGUCCACCCGGCUUCUGGGCGCUCUUACCAUAAGGUUUUCAACCCUCCCAAGGAGGAGAUGAAGGAUGAUAUUACCGGCGAACCUCUCAUCCAGCGGUCCGAUGAUAAUGCCGAGACCCUCAAGAAGCGCCUCGGAACUUACCAUGCCCAGACCGCUCCUGUCGUGGAUUAUUAUAAGAAGACUGGUAUCUGGCGGGGAAUUGAUGCCAGUCAGGAACCCGGUCAAGUGUGGAAGAGUUUACUCGGCGUUUUCCACCAGAACAAAUAAACGUAAUUCUUCUUUUUCUCCUUCACCGUGGGACAAGCAUCCUUGUGACCCUUGCAUCUCUCCCGGUUCGGCCGACACAACACGAUAGGUAUAAACUUUUGACGAAGGGUCUGCCGCCUUAGUUGGUCUGCAGCAGAGCUCCCUUUUUGAUAUGUGAACGUAUUUGUCUUUCGGAUAUCCAUACCUAGAUGGCUCUCGGUGGGGAUUUGACUUAUGUAUAGUAACUAAUCUCGAGACCUAAAAUAUAAGUUGCUUUAGAGACGGUUCCCACCUUAACAGCGCUGCCCUGCGUUGGU